AUUACGUCUUUGGGUCUCAAGAUUUGCGUUAUAUAAGGUAUUUAAGGUCAGACCGUUAGAUAAGACGCUUCCUUUCACUGUGUCGCUAGAUUGGCGGAGAACACGGAAUGUACUUGUUUCCCACAGGAAUCCUAUGCCUCCUCCCGGCAUUCCUAACAGCCGUUUUGGGGGCGUACACGGAUCCCCACUGUCAGGGAAAGCAGGUCAUUGUCCACCUGUUUGAGUGGAAGUGGUCCGACAUAGCCAACGAAUGUGAGAGGUACCUAGGAAAGAAGGGCUUCUGUGGGGUCCAGGUGUCCCCUCCCAAUGAGCACGUGGUGGUCACUCAACCCAUGCGUCCGUGGUGGGAGAGGUAUCAACCGGUCAGUUACAAACUCCACAGCAGGGGAGGGACGGAGGCAGAGUUUAAGGACAUGGUCACCAGGUGUAAGAACGUCGGGGUCAGGGUGUACGUGGAUUCUGUUGUCAAUCACAUGGCCGGUCUGGGGAGGCAGGGGUCGGGAUCCGGGGGCACCUCCUUUAAUUCGGACAACUUCGACUUCCCAGGGGUACCAUUCAGAAGAGAGCAUUUCAAUUCCCGAGACAAGUGUCCGUCUCACGACGGCAACAUCAACAACUAUGGCGACCCUAACAACGUCAGGAACUGCUUCCUGGUGGGUCUGACGGAUCUAGACCAGAGUCAGGAGUACGUCAGGACCAAAAUAGCCGAGUUCUACAACCACUGCAUAGAUGUGGGCGUGGCAGGCUUCCGUAUCGACGCCGCCAAACACAUGUGGCCUGGGGAUAUUAAGGCAAUUCAAGACAAAACGAAAGACCUUCCGGAAGGAGGUCGGCCAUUCUUCUACCACGAAGUCAUAGACCAGAAUGAUGGCGCCAUCAAGGUCGGCGAGUACACCCCUCUAGGAUAUGUCACAGAGUUUAGGUAUUGUCAGAAGAUUGCUGAAGGGAUAAGAAAUUUUGGAAUGCUUCAUGGAGUUUAUGAUCCAGGCUGGGGAAUGACCGACAGUGCGCAUGCGUUCGUUUUUGUCGAUAACCAUGACAACCAGAGAGGCCAUGGUGGAGGUGGAAAUCUCAUCACACAUAAGCAUCCACGUGACUACAAAAUGGCGGUCGCAUUCACACUGGCAUACAACUAUGGUUUUACACGAGUCAUGAGCAGUUAUUAUUUCCAAAGCUCUGAUCAGGGCCCUCCGCACAAUGGCGAUUACUCUGCUAAAGACGUAACUAUCAAUGCUGAUGGGUCUUGUGGUAACGGAUGGGUAUGUGAACAUCGAUGGAACCCGAUUGGAAAUAUGGUGGCUUUCAGAAACGCUGUUGCCGGAACAGGAGUCGAUAAUUGGAGAAAUGAAAACGAAGAAGUUUCAUUUUCUCGAGGUCAGAAAGGUUUCUUUGCAAUGGCAAAGAGUGGGCACAUGGACAGGACACUGCAUACUGGACUCCCUGCUGGCGAAUAUUGUGAGCUAGUGUCAGACUGUAAGAAGAAAAUCACGGUAGAUGGCAGCGGAAACGCCCACAUUGUGAUCGACAACAGUGCAGAACCAGUCAUAGCCUUUAUUGUCGGUGGCCCAACUGGAUCGACUGGUUCAUUUGGAGGAGGAUCUAGUGGCUCUGGAAGCCAGUCUGUGACGUCAGCACCUGCUACACCCGUGCCCUCUGUCGGUCCCGCUCCUGAGGGAUGGGCGCGGACUGUCAUAAUGAUCGAAAGACAAACCAUGCCCGGACAGGACCUGUUCAUUCGCGGGGGUAUAGAUCACAACCACAGACAAGGAUGUACAACUCAAGCUUCAACUAGCGCAUGCGCAAUACCAAUAAAAACUCUUCAUCUUGGCACUGGGUCACACUAUGCACAAUACAACGCAUGGAGCACCGGCGACCAUUACUUAGAUUGGUAUGGAAUGGAGACUGGGCAGCAUAGCUACCACGGACACAGUCCGUCCGGAACUCCAGCCGUCUGGACCACAAACGUAGAGGGGGCCGCCGGCUACACCCCUCUCAACACUUACGGGCAACACUACUGGUUGAUUGACGUACAGAUGGAUUGUUCAAGGACUGAGAAUGGUUGGUUUGAGUUAAAGGCGCUCGUUAAUGGUCAAUGGGAAGGAAACAUCGGUGGACAAACUUGCGGAACCCCUCCGUAUUCAUCCCAGAAUCAUUGGGCAAAAUGUGGAUUUAAAAACGUGUUUCAUUUUAACAGUGGACGGUGUCAAAUCAGUGAUCUCAGCUAGGAUAAUUUGUGAAUUGCUUUAUUGUUAUUUGUUUUUGCAUUUAAUAAAUCAUUUUGAUAGUA